UUUUCUUAGCGCUAAGACGGGAGUGUGGGUGCCCCUUUUCAAUCAACUCCUAAGACCAGCAUAUCUUACAAAAGUCGCUCCUGUUUGUGCUACACGAAUAAGGUACUUUUCUUCAAACAUGUCUGAGGGUGAACCAAAACUCAGCAAAAAUGAGAUGAAACGACGGGCAAAGUUGGAGCAGAAAGCCAAGGAAAAAGCUGCAAAAGACGCUGCCAAAUCUGCUGAGGAAAGUUCUACGGGAGCUAAACCUAAGAAGGUUGAAGAGCCUCUUGAUCCUGGAAAGUAUCAUGAACACCGAUGCAAACAAAUUCUAGGUUACAAGGAUGCUGGAGAAACACCCUACCCUCACAAAUUCCAUGUCACUGAUUCACUGAGUCUUUACAUUGAGAAAUACAAAGACUUGGAGGCUGGGGAACAUUCAAAAGAAGUAGUGUCAGUGGCUGGUCGAGUACAUUCUAUCAGGGAGUCUGGAGCUAAACUCAGGUUUUACGAUCUGCGAGGAGAAGGUGUAAAGAUUCAGGUAAUGGCCAAUGCCUCAUUCUCUACGCAAGACUUUGAAGCUGUCCACUCGAGAGUCCACAGGGGAGAUAUCAUUGGUUGCACUGGUCAUCCAGGAAAAACAAAGAAAGGAGAACUUAGCAUUAUCCCUCAGGAAGUGCACAUUCUUACUCCUUGUCUUCACAUGCUGCCCACACUUCACUAUGGUUUCAAGGAUAAGGAAUCCAGAUUCAGGCAACGUUAUCUUGAUCUCAUUAUGAACGAGGAUGUGAGAACUAAAUUUUACACCCGCUCUAAAAUCAUCAAUUAUGUUCGUAAAUUUUUGGACAAUCUAGGAUUUCUGGAGGUGGAGACACCAAUGAUGAACAUGGUCGCCGGAGGAGCAACAGCAAAACCUUUUGUAACCCAUCACAACGACCUAAACAUGGACCUGUUCAUGAGGGUAGCACCUGAGUUAUAUCUGAAAAUGUUGGUAGUUGGAGGCCUGGACAGGGUCUACGAGAUCGGGAGGAAUUUUAGGAAUGAAGGUAUUGACAUGACUCACAACCCUGAGUUCACUUCAAUGGAGUUCUACAUGGCGUACGCAGACUACAAUGACUUGAUGGAGAUGGCUGAGGAAAUGCUGUCUGGGAUGGCUAAGGCUAUUACAGGAGAUUAUAAGGUAGAGUUUACACCAAUGGGAGCUGAGGAACCUAUCAUCAUGGACUUUACUCCUCCCUUCAAGAGAAUACCAAUGAUUCCUGAACUGGAGAAACUGUUGGGAGUUAAGUUCCCUCCCGCUGCCGAACUUCAGUCAGACUCUGCAAGAGAGUUCCUUAGUGACGUGUGUACUAAAAAUAACAUCGACUGUUCCGCCCCACGAACCUCCGCAAGACUUCUUGAUAAAAUGGUAGGAGACCUGAUAGAAGUCCAAUGUAACAACCCAACCUUCAUAAUAGAGCAGCCUCAGAUCAUGUGCCCUCUGGCUAAAUACCACAGAACUACUCCUGGACUGACAGAACGCUUUGAGCUGUUUGUUGCCACCAAGGAGAUUUGUAACGCCUACACAGAGUUGAACGAUCCGUUUGUGCAACGUGCUCAGUUCGAAAAACAGGCACUUGAUAAAGAAGCGGGAGAUGACGAGGCUCAGCUUAUAGAUGAGAACUUCUGUACUUCAUUAGAGUACGGCCUCCCCCCAACAGCAGGGUUCGGACUAGGCAUAGACAGACUGGUCAUGUUCCUAACUAACUCUUAUAAUAUCAAGGAGGUGCUUCUCUUCCCAGCUAUGAAACCCGAGGAAACUAAACCAGAGGAGUCAUCGUAAAGGUGCACUGAUAGUUUUUGUAGUUUUAUUUGAGUUUUUAUAGAUUGGUUUUAUCCGUUG